AUGAACGUAUCAAACUCGGUUUGUUACAUUUCUUAAUGAAUUGCGAUUUCUUGAUCACAGAAAUGCGACUUUCAUGUGAGCCCCGUGCUCUAUUGGGUGUGGGCAACUGCUUCGGUCUUAAGUUUUCUGGCGGGUCUGUCGACCAUCUACACAGCCUACCGAUUCAUAGAACUCCGCACCACAGUACUGGACAUUGAAAAGGCCAUAAUCGAGCUCCUCGACGAUGUAAGAUCUCAUGCAAAAAGUGCUAGUUUCCAAUUUUCUCCGAUAUAUUGCAGGCCUUGCAAAUUUUAUUACCAAUUGGGAUUUGUAACCAAAUCUGCCAAUCUAAAGCUUCAAACUAUCACAUAAAUCAGACUUAUAAAUGUGAGCUUAGCUGUUCUCACAGUUCUGUUAAAUUCAACUUUCAGUAUCGCUGCGAGGACGAAAAAAAAAGGAGAACCGCUAUCCGGAAGACGUGUCUGUGCCAGUUUCUGACCUCGAAAACUUCUACUACGAUUUUGGAAGUUCUCUUUUGAAUUCGCAAUUUUCUUUGUACAACCUUCCCAUCAGGUUCUUCGAUGAGAGCUUUCCACUGCAGCAAACGCGGCUCAUCCGUCUCGAAAAAAGCGGUAACGGCCCCAGAGACCCCGUUGAAAGUUCAGUCAUCAAUCUAUCCUCAAUAUCGAAUAUUUACAGAAUAAUAUCAGAAAUCCGACAAUCCUAACCGCGAAAUCAAUGAAAAAGAAGAACGAAGGGGCUGUUGUCCGUGGCUUUUUUCUUUCAAACUUAUCUUGAACUUACAGAAACAAGUUACGGACGCUACAAAUCAACAAAAACCAAAACAAGAAGACAAAAAACCUGCCAGCAUUACGAUGGCAGGUCAGAAAACGCAAGUAGAAACAAAUGAUGUGAGUGAUACAAAUUGCUCGAAACAGUGAGUGAGUCCGUUCAGUUCCAGGAAAUUAAAUCAAAAGAGGCUCUCAGACUUUCUAAGGAGAAGGAAAACUCAAAGCGAAAAGAUAGCUCGAAGAGAAAAGAUGGAUCAAAGAAAAAAGACAGUUCGAAGAAGAAAGACGGCUCGAAGAAGAAAGACGGCUCGAAGAAGAAAGAUACGCCAAAACCCGCUUCCAGAGAGAUGUUCACGGCCUCGAGUGAAAAGCUCUGA